AUGACUAAUACUCCUACUCCACAUAAUAGUGCUAAUGUAGGUGAUUUUGCUGACACAGUAUUGGUAGCUGGUGAUCCAUUAAGAUGUAAAUUUGUUGCAGACACUUAUUUAACUGAUGUUGUUCAAGUUAAUGGAGUAAGAGGGGCUUUAGGAUAUACUGGCUAUUAUAAAGGAAAAAAGAUUUCUAUUCAAGCACAUGGUAUGGGUAUACCGUCUAUUGGAAUUUAUGCCUAUGAGUUAUUUAAUUUCUAUGGAGUAAAAAGAAUUAUUAGAAUUGGUUCUGCUGGAGCUAUCAAUUCUAAGUUAGAUAUUGGAGAUAUCGUUAUUGCAACUGGUGCUUGUCACAACAGUAAUUUUAUGCAACAAUAUAAACUUCCAGGAACAUUCUGCCCAAUAGCUGAUUAUGAGUUAGUCCAUAAAGCUGUUGAAGCUGCUGAAAAGAUUGGAGCUAAAUAUGCAGUGGGGAAUGUUUUUUCUAGUGAUUGUUUUUAUGAUGAUGCAAAUUCAUUAAAAGAAUGGGAUAAGAUGGGAGUACUUGCAGUAGAAAUGGAAGCAGCUGGGUUGUAUGCUACUGCUGCAAGAGCAGGUAAGAAAGCUUUGACUAUUUGUUCUAUUUCUGAUUGUCCUUUUAAGGAGACUGCUCUCUCAGCGGAAGAAAGACAAACCAAAUUUACACAAAUGAUGGAAGUUGCACUUUCUAUUGCUUAA